CAACCAACCAAAAAAAAUGGAAUCUAGUCAUCUAGAAGAAGAUUGGGAAUUCUGACCUUCCAAAAAGAUAAAGGAUCCUGAUGUAAAGAACCCUGAAGACUGGGAUGAAAGGGAAAUGAUUGAGGAUCUUGAAGAGAAGAAACCAGCAGACUGGGACCAGCUAGAACACUUUCCUGGCCCAGAUGUUAAGAAGCCAGAUGACAGGGAUGAAGAGAUGGAUGGCGAAUGGGAACCACUGAUGAUCUCAAACCUGGAUUAUAAAGAAGCAGAAAAGAAAACUAAAGUACAGGAAGACCAGUGUACGGAAAUAUAUAAAGAGGAAGAAAAAGAAAAAGAAGAGACUGAAAAAGAAACAGAUUUCAUCAUCAGAAUGAACUCUAAUGGAACAAAAAUAGUGACACCCUGGUUAUAGUCACCAAGCUGUCUUCAGUAUGGGAAGCAAACCAUUCAUCCUCUCAGUAAUGCACUCUUUUAA